UCAGGUCUUGGUUUCAGCAUUGUUGGGGGCAGGGACGUCCCUGAUAUCCCAAACGACGAUGGGAUUUUUGUGUCACGCAUAACCCCUGGAAGCAUUGCCCAUCUGGAUGGAAGAAUAAAAGUCCGGGAUAAAGUGUUGUCGGUGAAUAACAUAGAUUUGCAAGGCAUCAACCAUGCCCAAGCCACAAACACGCUGAAA